AUGAAGCUCCACGAAGCACGAGACAAUCAAAGAAUGGGCGAAGCGGGUGGGAUUGCUAAUGGGAGAAUGGGUGGUACCGGCGGAAGUGAUCCAAUGGAUAGAAUUGGCAGUACUCGGUACGGUAAAUGGACUCCUCUGGAAGAAAGCGAACUCAGUCACACGAUGCUUCGCCAACCUACUACUUGUACUGUAUCCUAGGUUACUGCCGGAAAGUCAGGUCUUUGCUUCAUAUUGGGAGCCAGCUGGAGCUGUGGUGCUGGUACGGAGUAUUGGCUUUCAGCACCAGCACAUGCUGCUCCAGUCUCCAGACCACCCCGCACCCGCAUCGGCACAAGAUUUCCCAUACGGAGCAGACUCAGGGGACCCAGUCUCGCCAGUCUCAACCACUCCCAAGCGGUGAAAAUCCGGGACCCCGCUAGCUCUCAACGGAGGAAUGGGCUACGCCAAAGGGCGGAGUGCAACGCGCAACGCAAAGACGAAGAUUUCCCGGCAGAAGAAAUACCGAGUUCCCUCUCUAAGCAUCGCAAGGUUGAAGAUAUAAAGAUCACAGCCGUUGCCGGAUGCGGGGAAUAUCGGGUGGGAGCAAGCCAGGUUGGUGGGCGGUGGGUGGUGGGUUCCAGCCUCCAGGAUCAAGCUUUCAUCUGCAGAGAAAUGGAAAUGGAAGGUUGAGCGGCUUCAAGCUGGGGUAUGACCUAUGGACCUCGGGAGAUCUUACAGCUGUCGUGCCGGCCCGGCUAAUGUAGCCGAUAACUCUCCCGAGUCACAUGGUCGAAAGCUAAAUCUUUUCCAGCCUAGCGCCACGCUAGUCCUAUCCCACUUCGAGAAAAUUUCGAGCUCUAGCUCUUCUUUGCUCUCUCCAGAUCAACAUCUUCACUCACCAACAAUGUGACCAACCAACACCAGAUCGCUGCUGUGCGCAGUUUGAUCAAGCAAUUGAACAUCCCCGCUCUGUCUAUCAGGUAUGCCAUCAUAUUUCUCUUCUUUCCUCCCUCAACAUGAUGACAAACAUACAACCGCAAACUAGAGUCUUUGACCUCUAGGGGAAUGAAACUAUUGUAUACGUCAGUCUGAUAUACAAAUCACAUUUCAAUCGUCACAGUCAAUCUUCGUUUGAGCCUGAUGCUAAUUGGCGCUCUAGAUGCGACGACUAUCCGCGAUCCAAUCCUCGCCGUCGCAGUAAAACAUGUCCAGCAACGUUUCGCACGGUGCAAUACGCGGGCAUACCGAGACUCCUUCUAUGCGAUGAUACAACGUACGUGUGUUCUGGUUACCUCCUAUUCCCACCGUCCGGCUCUGAUGAACAACUCGUGCUUUGCACGCUGGAAAUUACCGACUGAGAUGCAAGUCUUUGAAGUCAACAAAUGGCUAUUUCUGAGCUCCCAAAAUACAAUUAUUAUUUAUGUAUGAUAGAUCAUGGAAGGUCAAACGCUAAUGAUACUGUACUACAGAUUUGAUUAGCGGGCCGCGAUCUCAUAAGGUACGAAGCAACCAUACUUCCACGUCCCAUUCUCUUUGCAUACACAAUGUCACAUGAUGAUACGGCACUGGGCUCCGACAGUACUCGAAAACGGGGCUGUUUCAUGAAAGGAGACGCCAUUUUGCGGCAGGCCUAGAAAACCUCGCCCACUGAUUACAUUAUUCAAUAUUCUGGCGUGUUGGAAUAAUAUGAUGGGAGCAUCGUUGACAAGAUUCUUGUUCUAGUAUUGGUUGUCUGCCGCCGCAACUCAAGCACAAAUGGUAUGUUCAUUUUUCUAUCAAUUUUCUCCACAUUUCAUGAUGAGCAUUUUAGAUGACGAGUCUGAUCCGGGAAACCGAUGUUGACACAAAUCAAAUUAAACCAUUCAUGCCUUCUGAUAAUUUUUAUGUGGCAUUACUUGAAUAAUUGGUUUCCCUGUUCUAAACACAAGCUAAUGUCCUUCUCUCAGUAUACUCAUCUUUCCUCGAGUGCGAUGGCUGCAAUCAAUUUUGUCAGCUGAACCUUAGAUGGCUUGCAAAUGGUAAGACAUGUUCUCUCCAACUUUUAUAAUCCACCUCAUAUCUCGAGCAUAAUGAUGAACUUGACCUACAAAUGACAAGCAUAUGUCCAAGCCUCCGGGUAAUGACGAGCAUGUCUCGACUGAAUGCUUUGAUACUUUGUAGUGUGAAGUUAUUUUGUGAUUCCAAGUCGCUGACCAGAAUCAAUAGAAUUCAAUCAUCAGCCUUCCUUGCACCUUCACAUGAUCAUUGUCUGGCCAUCUUUCGGUAUGUUGAACCAUCUACCUUGCACUCUGCUCAAUCUUAAUAUGAUGAACAAUUUUAUCACGACGGUCAACAUAACCACACGUUGGUAUUGAUGAUAAUGCCUGUGACAAGGCUUAUAUCUGAAAUUUCUUUUGAGCUCUUUUUUCACAAUCCGCCGUACAGAUUGUGACCCAAUACUAAUUGGUAUUCAGAUAGUAGGCUAUUUCACAUGAACACCUUUUGGAGGAUGACGGAGGGAGAGUUUUCAAUGACUCAGAAUAGUCGAAGUGGCCGCUGAAUACUUGGAAGGAUUUGAACCAAUAGCGUAACCGUGGGACAACGGUGAUACUUGUCUUGGGAAUAGACUUCUCAGCUCGUGGUAGAUAAUAAAUCAAAUUUGCCUUCCACAUUUGUACACUGCUCUCUCUACACUGUGAUUCAUUUCAUCUGCUGCUCUCUUUCGAUUUCACGGUCCCACCAGCGUUGGCAGCCGAGGUGGUUGGCUUGACACAUGCUUCUCUUAUAUUUUACACUUUCUUGGUUGGCUUGUAGGAUGAAAUUAAGAUUUGUGUAUGGGAAUUGAUGUUGCUAAUCCUGCAACUCUUUACAAGAAUCGCUCUCGAUCAAAACUGUAUACAGCUAGUUGUAUAGGAGUACGGAGUACAUCUUUUGAGAUAGUCUUUCUCCCACUUUCUUACAUUUUGUAGGAAAACGGUGACGAGAUAGAAGACUCAAAGAUCAGUUCACGACCUACUUAACGGUCCUAUCAAUGGGUGAAGACAUCCAUUCCAAUGGAUAGGUACCUAGGCUUAGGUACCGUUUAAUUUGCACGUGAUUAUCGCUUGGGCCCGACUCGACUUAGGUUAAUCUGAUUUCUUUUAGCGCAUCAAAAAUAGCCCCGCGGGGAUCAUUCGCAGGGGGGAGCGGCCAGCGCUACAAGUUUCCAACCAUCCCAUCAUUUUUUAUUUCUGCCUACCACUAACAGGUGGCAGACCUUGCGACUACGGAACUUGGUGCACACUAUGCCGGCACAGAACACGAGAUGCUCUCAGCUUUCCAACAAUAA